AUGCAAGCCAUUAAUUUUUAGAGAAUUGAAGAAGAAGAAGUUAAAUCAAAUUGGCUAACUUCUAAGGUAGAAUUGAUUGCUAUAAAUAAAAUUAAUAGAGCAUUAAAGUAUAUAUCUCAAAAAAGAGAUAUCUUAAUGAGAAAGAAAAAAGAUAAUAAAAGAAAUAUUAAGAAAAAGAAAAUGAUUCAAAAUUCUUUAUAAUUCAUAGUAGAAUGAAAUCGAAUAAUUAUAAUGGAAUUGAUACCAAAAAUUUUACUAGAGUCUAAAAUAAGCUAUUGCAUAAAGUGCUGGAAAUUUCAAACAAUAAUUAUAAAAAGGAAUGCAAAUAAAUUAUUCAAAAGUUAAGGUGCCUCAGUCAAUAAUUGAGAUUAUAAUAAAUAAAACUCUUAAACCAUAAGAUAUAAAUUGUUAUGAUACUAAUAUGUUUUGUCCUUUCUAUCAUGCUGCUUAAUCGUAAAGUUUAACAUUCCGAAACUUUCUAUUAAUAUGCCUCGUUAAGCAGGUUUUACUCCUACACUUAAUGCAUUCAAUACUAAUAAUAUUGUCUUAAUCAGUCUUUUUUAUCUCGAAUGAAGCUAAUAUAGAUAUUUUAAAUGAUAAAGGCAAGUAUCCAUUAAGUUAUUGUUCCAUCUCAAUACUUAAAAACUUACUACUCCUCCUUCUAUUUUUAGAAGGCCUGCCCUUAUUAAUAGAAUUAUUUAUUUUUUUAUUUUAAUUUUAAUGUAUCUUUUUUUUUAUUAAAUUAAUGA